AACCUUAAAUACGAACCUUAUUCGUUUCGUUGCGAACGUGACCAUAUAUUUCUUUCCCCGCUGCAUUGCAUACUUCAGUUCCUUCAGUUUAAGCAAAUGGCGUCGGACAGGUGGAUUUCGUUGCGUCAGAUGUCACAAAUCAUGAAUGAAUUCUAAGUGUUUUCACAUAUUUCGCCUGAAUUGAGGGUAUUAUCAGUUCUGUAAUCCGCAACAAAGUGCAUAUCAAACAAUGAACGAAGUAAGCGGAGGGAAGCAAGAUAUACCUAAUACUUCAAGUUGGGAGACUUUAUCGGGACAAUCAGUGUCCUCGUUGCCGACAAUGCAUCAUCACCAUCAGACGCUGCAGCAGGAUACAACUUCGACAGUAGCACAAGUUAUCGUUCCUACACCUGUGAAGCUUCAAACACCUAUGUUACCGCCAGCACAAACUGUAGCUGAUCACUGUCCACAGCUUGGUCAUAUACAACAACCACCUCUGAUAACUCAAGGUACACCUCCAGGAGGCUUCCCAGAGCUCGAGUUAUCCCUGGAGCUGCAACAGCAAGGUUGGAAGAAAUUUUGGAGCAAGAGAGAGAACCGACCAUACUUCUGGAAUAAAUUGACUGGAGAAUCUCUAUGGGUAGUACCUUCUCUGAAACCUCAGUUUGACCCAAUCACGGACCCGCUUGGUAUCUGCCAAGUUCCACCUCCACCUGGAAACGGCGCGAUCCCAGCCACACCGGGCGGUACGUUGAAACGAAGAGCAUCGGAAGAAGGAGCCGUUCCGCCACCAAAGAAAUUCGUAUUGGCGGGUCCGUGGGACUUGGAAAUACCUACGAAUGUUAUUAUAUACGAAAGAGCACCGUCAAACUUGCCGCACGUUCAUCCCGAGGCGGAAGCACUGCGCUGUGCCUUGUUAGCGAAAUUAAGGCAAUGUUAUCAAGAGCUGUGUCAUACUCGCGAGUCUAUAGACGCGCCGAAAGAUUCUUUCAACAGGUGGCUGAUGGAACGGAAGGUCAUCGACUGCGGCUCGGAUCCGCUGUUACCGAGUCAAUGCUUCCCCGAGAUCUCGAUGUCCAUGUAUCGCGAGAUCAUGAAUGACAUCCCGAUUAAGCUGGUAAGGCCGAAGUUCACGGGCGACGCGAGGAAACAGCUGUCGCGCUACGCCGAGGCCGCAAAGAAGAUGAUAGAAUCAAGAGCGGCGUCGUCCGAAAGUCGGAAAGUGGUCAAGUGGAAUGCGGAGGACACGUUCCAAUGGUUGAGAAGGACAGUGGGUGCUACGUUCGACGAUUUUCAAGACAGGCUUGCCCACCUGAAGCGACAAUGUCAGCCGCAUCUCACGGAGACCGUUAAAGCGAGCGUCGAGGGUAUAUGCCUGAAAAUUUAUCACUUGUCGACGGAAUAUGCGAAGAAGGUAAAAGACAAGAACAAUCAAAUUCUCAAAGAUAAUGGUCUGGGAGACGUUAUACCGCUAGGAGGGCCGGCUAGCACGCAGAGGAAAGUCUGGUGUUACCCAGUGCAAUUUUCCCUACCCACACCGCGACUUCCACAGGUGGAUUAUCUGCCCGAGCGCGAGCAAACGAUGCUACGCUUUCACGGUGACACCAUGUACAUUAACAAUAUGCACCUAACUAAACUGGAACAUCUGUAUAGGUACAACUGUUUCGACGACAAGAAAUUCGAAAUGUUUCUACCACGCGUUUGGUCCAUGUUGAAACGUUAUCAGACGUACUUCGGUAUUAACGAAGGUCAAGCAAAUCAGAUGGCUCUUCCAGUGACGGUUUUCGAAUGCCUUCAAAGGUCGUUCGGCGUUACGUUGGAAUGUUUCGCUUCGCCCUUGAAUUGUUACUUCCGGCAGUAUUGCUCAGCGUUUGCCGAUACGGACUCAUACUUCGGAUCACGAGGACCGUUUCUCGACUUCAGGCCGGUCAGUGGCUCGUUCCAAGCGAAUCCACCAUACUGCGAGGAACUUAUGGAAGCGAUGGUCAACCACUUCGAGCGUUUGUUGGCUGAUUCGGCCGAGCCUUUAUCGUUCGUGGUGUUUCUGCCGGAAUGGCGGGAUCCAGCUCCCAACGCGCUCAUCAAGCUCGAAGGCAGUCACUUUAAACGCAAGCAAGUUGUAGUACCUGCUAUGGAGCACGAGUACAGACACGGCUUCCAACACAUUCUUCCAAAAGGAGAAGUGAAUAUCCGUGCGGUGCACGGUACGCUGGUCGUAUGGUUACAAAAUCCAGCUGGUGCAGCACGAUGGGGACCCACGGAGGAGCGAGUCGAGGCCUUACUGGAAGCGUGGCGACCCGGUCGAGAACGAGAGAGAGAUAGGCAGGAACUUCUAUCUCCGCCGAGACAAACGCAUCAACCGAUACCAUCAACACCAGUACCUGUACCAACAACACCAGCUACGCCGACUGUGCCACCCGUACAGACACUACCCAAUCAUCCUAUAUAAUUAUUGAGCGAUUGUGAAGCAGAGCGAAAAGAAGAGAGAGUGUGUGUGUGAGAAAGAGAGAGAGAGAGAGAGAAACAUAUAUAAAUAGUUUCCACAUUUAAAGAAAAAUUUGAUCUAUACUUGUAAUAUAACUCUAACUUCCUUGUUGACACUUCUUUUAUAUUUUAGUUAUGAAAUUAAGAAGGGUAAAAUAUAAAAACUAAAGAUAAAGAAUGUUACGUAAUUGGUAAUAACACCUUGUGGUAUUACGUAGUCGUGUGCAAAGAAAUUAAACUACCGUGUAUUAACAUGAGAUCUUAAUGUUACUUCCCAAAAAACGUUUUUAUGCUGAAAUGUCAUUGAGUUUCGAAUAAUUAAUUAUUCGGCCUCUUCGCUCUACAUUGACGACGGAGUAAGCUUCCGUUAAUUACGUCAUUAGUAACAAAAUUGAUAAGGAAAUCUGUUUUUCGAUAUAUGCCUAAUGCAUACGUGUAAGAUAAAUUUACGUAUCACCACACAAACAAGCACACGUUGCAGAAAGUCUAAACUUUGCAAUAGUAGUUAAUUGUUAUUGAUCAACAUGUUGGACUUUGUGACAUGUGAUGCUUUAAAAUACUAGAUAUACUUGCUAUGCAAGAUAAAAUUGAUACUUAUUGCAAAUGUCAGAAAAUUAAAUUUAUGGGUAUAACAAAUGUACAGGCGUAUGUGUACGUGCGUGGUGUAUGUGCGUGGGAAUGCAGGUGUCCCCUCCAAGCUGCUUAUAUUGUAGCCGAGGAGGAAAUUUUUAUCAGACAACUUUGUAAAAAUUGUUUAUCGUCUUUUUAACCAUGACAAUCUUUUUCUUUAAUAUUGAGGGACAUACAAGAAGAAAACAAAUAGCCAUCUGUGCACUUUAUUUUAAAUAGCAUUAUUGGUGCAAUAUUUUGUAUCAGUUUGUAUAAGUAGUACUGAAAAUUAUAUACAGAGAAAAAGGAAUGUAUAGAUCAAACUUCUUACAAAAAUUACAUUUUUAUUGUUUAAUAAAUAUACGUAUUAUAUAGAAAAUA